CUGGAGGCGCGGAGGAGGGCGGCUUUGCCUGGGGCUGAUGGAGGGCCAGGAGCGGUGAUGAAUAUUCACGCCGUAGCGCCCGGCAGGGCGGGGUCUCGCCUCGCGUCGCCCGGGAGGGCCGGGCCCCCGGCUAGACGGGCUGUUCCUGCGGCGCUUCCUGCGGCUCCUGUCCGUCCUCUUCCCCCGGUGGGCCUCCCCGGGCGCCCUGAUGUUCCUGACGCUGCUCUGUGUCGCCUUGCUGGCUGGUGAUUUACCAGGUCGGCGUCAUCCCCAGCCAGUAUUACAAGGUUCUGGGGAGCAAGGACUUCUCGGGGUUCAAAGCAGUGACUGCUGUUUCACUUACUCUGAUCGUUGUGAACUCCAUGCUAAAAAGUUUCGACCAGUUUAUCUGCAACAUGAUGUACGUGAGCUGGAGGAAAUCCCUCACCGAAUACCUCCACAGCUGCUACUUCCAGGGUCAGGUCUACUACAGCCUCCACGUGCUGCGUGAGGACAUCGAUAACCCGGACCAGCGCAUCAGCCAGGAUGUGGAGAGGUUCUGCAGGCAGCUCAGCUCCAUGGCCAGCAAGCUCAUCAUCUCACCCUUCACACUGGCCUACUACACAUACCAGUGCUUCCACAGCACAGGUUGGCUAGGCCCAGUGAGCAUCUUCGGAUAUUUUGUCAUUGGGACAGUUGUCAACAAGGUAUUGAUGAACCCAAUCGUGUCUAAGCUUGUGCACCAGGAAAAACUGGAGGGGGAUUUCAGGUUCAAGCACAUGCAGAUUCGUGUCAAUGCGGAACCAGCUGCUUUCUACAGGGCCGGGCGAGUGGAGCACAUGCGCACAGACCGGAGGCUGCAGAGUCUGCUGCAGACACAGAGAGAGCUGAUAGGCAAGGAGCUGUGGCUACACAUUGGGAUCAACACCUUUGACUACCUGGGCAGCAUCCUGAGCUACGUGGUCAUUGCUAUUCCCAUCUUUUCUGGGGUCUACAGCGGCCUGAGUCCAACAGAGCUCAGUGCACUUGUCAGCAAGAAUGCCUUUGUUUCCAUCUACCUCAUCAGCUGCUUCAGCCAGCUCAUAGAUCUCUCCAGCACUGUCACUGAUGUAGCUGGCUACACACACAGGAUUGGUGAACUGCAAGAGACCCUGCUGAGCCUUGGCAGAAAAAAAAAUAACUACUCAGAAGCCAAAACCAGCUGGGAUUCAGAUGGCAGCCAUUCUGGGGAGGAACCAGUGCCAAGGGACACAGGCUUCCUUCUGGAACAAGUGACACUCUCAGUGCCAUCCUCUGGCAAGCUGCUUAUCAAGGACCUGAGCCUCAGGAUCUCCCAAGGAAACAGUGUGUUGAUUGUGGGCAACACUGGCACAGGGAAGACGUCUCUCUUGAGGGUCCUUGGGGGACUCUGGGAGAGCACAAGAGGGAGCAUCAAGAUGCUGACCUGCUUUGGCCCACGGGGCGUGGUGUUCCUGCCGCAGCGACCCUUCUUCACCGAUGGAAGCCUGCGGGAGCAGGUGAUAUAUCCCCUGAAGGAGAUCUACCCAGUUUCAGGGUCUGCAGAUGAUGAGAGAAUUGUGCGAUUCCUGGAGCUGGCUGGACUGACUGAUUUGCUGGCGAGGGCUGGAGGACUGGAUGAACAGGUGGACUGGAACUGGUAUGAUAUCCUGUCCCCAGGGGAGAUGCAGAGGCUCUCAUUUGCACGGCUCUUCUACCUCCAGCCAAAAUAUGCAGUGCUAGAUGAAGCUACCAGUGCCCUGACAGAAGAGGUGGAGCAUGACCUGUACCGUGUGUGCCUUCAGCUGGGCAUGACACUGAUCAGCGUGGGACACAGGGCCACCCUGGAAAAGUUCCACAGCUGGAUUUUGAAACUUCAUGGGGAGGGAAGAUGGGAGCUCACUCGCUGUGAGAAGAUGAAGCGGCUCCCAGCUGGGGAAGGUUGCUGAAAAACACGGCCUUAUCUAGCCAGCCACAGAACCUGCACAUGCAUGGGAGAGCUCUGAAUGGCAGUCAUGAAGCUGCCAAGGCAGCAGCUAUCAACAGGAUUCAUCCAAUGUCAGACCAGUUCCAGAUUUUGCUGAUGGACAUAAAGCCAGACUAAGCUAUGCCAUCCAUCUCUAAAGAUCACGAGAUGAUCUUUAAGGUCUCUUUCAACCCAAACCAUGCUGUGAUUCUCCUAUCCCCCUUCUCCUGCCUCUCACAGGGAAAGGGGGUAGGCUUCUAAGCUGCCAAAGGUGCUGCCUCAAGGGGCUUGCAGAAGAAACCUCCACUUGCUCAGAAUGCAGUUGUGUGAAGCUGGAAUGCAGCCUCCUGUUCUGCUCUCUGUGCCUUGCUGGACCUCUGUUUCUGAUACACAGCUCUGCAGAGAAGACUUCUGUACCUGUGGCUCUAUCGAGAGUUGUGCUCCUCAGAACGAGCCAAGUGUUGCACUGUAAGGGGUGGAGAAUGCUGGCACAGAGAAGGGACAUGUUUCUGAUCUCCUUAUGAUGCAGGGUUACAUGUCAAAGGAACAUUUUUGUAUUAAAAUCUGGGGCCUAUUUUCCAACAAUAUCUAUGGAGAAGAGGCAGUAUUUGUUAACCAGA